CCCUGGACACCGUCCUCCUGCCUCAGCCGAGCACUGCCUCCAGGGGGCGCCGCGGAGCGAGAAGGCGAACGGAGCCGAGCGGAGCAGCUCUGUGCCGUGCACCCCUCCUACUGCUCCCUAGCCCUGCCUUGGAGGGAGUGCUGCAAACAGGCCAGAAGAUCUGUGCGGUGUCACACAAGAACAGUGUCAGCGCGACGGGAGGAGCAUUUCUUCCCGCCAGGCCCUGAGAGCGGAACUCACCUUCAGCCCCGGAAGAUCGUCCCCCUCAAACAAGCCGGCCACUUCCGGAAGCCUCCAAUCUCCCGCCCCCGCUUCCCCCAGGUAGAGCACCUUCCAUGGGAGGAGUCGUCCUCACAGCGGAGUCAGGGUUGCUGGCAGGGAGAGAACCAGGUGGACUUUGAGAUGAGGAGUCAGCUAAAGAAGUGUCAGACCAGCUCUGCUCCCUAGAGCCUCAUCAGCCCCUGGUGCGUUCUCCUGGGUGUCGUUGGAAGCUGAGGCCAUCCUGGACAUUCUUGCAACUGUAGGACCAGUCUUUCCAGUUGCUGGAAAAAGGAUCCGCUGAUACUUGUGCCUGGGAACACAGGAGCGUUCAGUGUCAGGACCCUGAAGAGGAAGCAAAGCCCUCAGAACAACAUAGUUUUCCAGCAUACCCCAAUAUCCAAGGGCUCAGGGAAGCUGUGCAAGAAGGUCUCGCUGUCCCUGUGAUCACUGAUAUUUGAGAGCCAGAGGUCUCCCAUGGCUCCUUAUCACAUCCGCCAGUACCAGGAGAGGGACCACAAAAGGGCCCUGGAAUUGUUCUCCAGGGGCAUGAAGGAACAUUCCUCUGCUUCUUUCCGCCGUAUGUUAACACUGCCCCAGACUCUCCUGACCUUACUUGGGAUGCUCCUGACCAUAGUCCUGGUUUAUGGCUCCUGGCUCCUGGCCACAGUGUGCUGCCUCCUUGUACUCCUUUGCCUGAGGCUCUUUGACUGGCUUUUUUGGAGAAAGUAUGUGUCUACAAGUUUGCAAGCAGACAUGGCUGACAUCACUAAGUCGUACCUGAAUUCACGUGGCUCCUUCUGGGUGGCUGAGUCUGGGGGAGAGGUGGUGGGCAUCGUGGGUUGUCUGCCAGUCAAGAAUCCCCCAUUAGAAAGGAAGCAGCUGCAGCUCUUUCGCCUGUCUGUGUCCUCACAGCAUCGUGGACAGGGGAUAGCGAAAGCACUGGUCAGAACUGUCCUCCAGUUUGCACGGAACCAGGGCUACAGUGAUGUUGUCCUUGAGACUAGCAUUGUGCAGUAUAGUGCUUUGGCUCUCUACCAGGCCAUGGGCUUCCGGAAGACAGAUGAGUACUUUAUUAGCAUAUUCUCAAGGUUAAUGUCUUUUUCUAUCCUUCGUUUCACAUACUCUCUCCCUUUUGAUUGGGAACCACGAAUGUGAUCCUUCUCCUUUGUCUGUGAGGCUCCAGUUCACUCUGCUGCAGGAACCAGCAAACCCUGGUAGUUUACUGUUGCCAAUCACACAAGC